AAUCCAGCCGAAGGGGAGACUGCGGUGACUGUGGUUUGUCCAGGAGAUGCAUGAAGGAGCCUUGGUAUGUUCCUGUACAAAGCCCUUAAACACAGAGAUGAAGAGGAGGAUGUCCAGUCCCAGAAACCCUGGAUAGAAAGCACUUUUACCAAGAGGGAAUGUGUGUACAUACUUCCAGUGUCAAAGGACCCCCACAGAUGCCUUCCAGGAUGCCAGAUCUGCCAGCAGCUGGUCCGGUGCUGCUGUGGGCGGCUGGUGCGGCAGCAUGUUGGCUUCACAGCCAGCCUGGCCACCAAGUUCUCGGACGUGAAGCUGGGUGAAAACCCCAGCCUCACUAUGCCCGAGCUGGAGGAGUGGUCGGUGGAAAAACACACAGAGGCGAGCCCCACUGACGCCUAUGGUGUCAUCAACUUCCAGGGAGGGUCUCACUCAUACAGAGCCAAGUAUGUGCGUUUGUCCCACGACUCGCGGCCGGAGAGCACCCUGCGCCUGAUGCUGAAGGAGUGGCAUAUGGAGCUACCCAAGAUCCUCAUCUCUGUCCAUGGAGGAGUUCAGAACUUUGAGCUCCACCCGCGCAUCAAGCAGGUGGUUGGCAAGGGCCUCAUCAAAGCUGCAGUCACCACUGGGGCCUGGAUUCUCACUGGAGGGGUCAACACAGGUGUGGCAAAGCAUGUGGGUGAUGCUCUCAAAGAGCACUGUUCCAGAUCAUCAAAGAAAAUUUGCACUAUCGGGAUUUCGCCUUGGGGAGUCAUUGAAAACAGGAACGAUCUCAUCGGCAGAGACAUCAUCGCUCCGUAUCAGACACUACUGAACCCUCUAAGCAAACUCAAUGUUCUCAACAAUCUUCAUUCCCAUUUCCUCCUGGUGGACGACGGGACAGUGGGCAAGUACGGCGCUGAGGUCAAACUGCGGCGGGACCUGGAGAAGCACAUCAACCUCCAAAGAAUACAUGCACGUAUUGGUCAGGGGGUACCUGUUGUGGCCCUCAUCCUUGAGGGAGGUCCCAAUGUGAUUCUGACUGUGCUGGAGUACCUUCAGGAGAGCCCUCCUGUCCCAGUGGUGGUGUGUGAGGGAACGGGAAGAGCAGCGGACAUUUUGGCCUACGUUCACAAGCAGACCGAGGAGGGAGGCGGUCUUCCUGAUGGAGUGGAGACUGACAUCAUCGCAACCAUCAAGAAAACCUUCAACUUCAGCCAAAGCGACGCCAUCCACCUCUUUCAAACUCUGAUGGAGUGCAUGAAGAGCAAAGAACUGAUCACUGUGUUUCACAUCAGCUCAGAGGAUCACCAGGACAUUGAUGUAGCCAUUCUGAGGGCAUUACUCCAAGGCACAAAUGCAUCUGCCUUCGAUCAGCUGGUCCUGACUCUGGCCUGGGAUCGUGUAGACAUUGCCAAGAAUCAUGUGUUUGUGUACGGACAGCAGCUCCUGGUGAGCUCUCUGGAGCAAGCCAUGCUGGAUGCACUGGUGAUGGACAGGGUGGAUUUUGUCAAGUUGCUUAUAGAAAAUGGUGUGAGCAUGCACCGUUUUCUGACAAUCAGUCGGCUGGAGGAGCUCUACAACACGAAACAGCAUCCCAACAACCCAACACUCCUCCACCUGGUUAGAGAUGUUAAACAGAGUCAUCUGCCUCCAAAUUAUAAAAUCACUUUGAUUGACGUGGGUCUGGUUAUUGAGUUCCUCAUGGGCGGGACUUACCGGUGCAACUACACCAGGAAACGCUUCCGAAUCAUUUACAACAAUCUCCAUGGCAACAAUAGGAGAUCAGGGCGCCAUUCAGCAGGUUCUGGCUCUCAUUUGAGGAAAAGCCAUGAGGCUUUCAGCAUGCAGGCUGACAAGAAGGAGAAGACAAGGCACAACCACUUCAUUAAGACUGCACAGCCGUACAAACCCAAGCCCGAGUCUUCCACCGAGCAGAACAAAAAGAGGAGCAAAGAAGAGAUUGUGGACAUAGACGACCCAGAGACGCGGCGGUUCCCCUACCCUUUCAAUGAGCUCUUGGUGUGGGCUGUGCUGAUGAAGAGGCAGAAAAUGUCGCUGUUCUUCUGGCAGCAUGGUGAGGAAAACAUGGCAAAGGCACUGGUGGCCUGUAAACUGUGCCGCUCGAUGGCAUACGAGGCCAAGAAGAGCGACGUGGUAGAUGACACGUCAGAGGAGCUCAAGGAGUAUUCAAAUGAGUUUGGGACACUAGCUGUGGACCUGCUCGAGGAGUCAUUCAGACAGGACGAGACCAUGGCCAUGAAGCUGCUCACCUAUGAGCUGAAGAAUUGGAGCAACUCUACCUGUUUGAAGCUGGCUGUCUCCUCCCACUUAAGGCCCUUUGUGGCUCACACCUGCACCCAGAUGCUGUUGUCGGACAUGUGGAUGGGACGGCUGAACAUGCGCAAGAACUCCUGGUACAAGGUGAUUCUGAGUAUGUUGGUGCCUCCUGCCAUCCUUCUGUUGGAGUACAAAUCCAAGGCUGAGAUGGCUCACAUCCCUCAGAGUCAGGAUGAUCACCAGAUGACCAUGGAGGACAGCGAACACAACUUUCAGAACAUACCUGAAGACAUCCAAAUGGAUGUGUUCAAGGAGGCCAGAUCCCAAGACCAAGUGGAGGUGAAAAAUGACAUGGAGCCGCUCGUUCGAACCAGGAAGCUGCCGUUAACUAGGAAGAUUUAUGCCUUCUACCACGCUCCCAUUGUCAAGUUCUGGUCCAACACGCUCUUCUACCUGGGCUUCUUGAUGUUCUAUUCGUAUGUGGUCCUUGUGAAAAUGCCCGAAUCGCCUUCAGCUCAAGAGUGGGUGGUCAUCCUCUACAUCUUCACCUCUGCCAUUGAGAAAAUUCGAGAGAUGUUCAUGUCUGAAGCCGGCAAAAUAAGCCAGAAGAUAAAGGUGUGGUUCAGUGACUAUUUCAACUUGUCCGAUUUUCUGGCCAUUGUGAUCUUCUUCAUCGGCUUUGGCCUGAGGUUGGGCGGAGGCGAUGCCUUUGUCCCUGGCAGGACAGUUUACUGUCUCAAUAUCAUCUUCUGGUAUGUGCGACUCCUGGAUAUCCUGGCUGUCAACCAACAAGCUGGACCUUAUGUCAUGAUGAUCGCUAAAAUGGUGGCGAACAUGUUUUAUAUUGUAGUAAUAAUGGCGAUAGUCCUGUUGAGUUAUGGCGUACCCAGGAAAGCUAUUCUGUACCCAGCAGAGGAGGCAAGUUGGACACUGGCCAAAGACGUGGUUUUCCAGCCGUACUGGAUGAUGUACGGGGAGGUGUAUGCCUAUGAAAUCGAUGUGUGUGCCAACAACAGUGACCAAUCAGUGAAGCCCCUGUGUACGGCAGGAGUGUGGCUGACUCCUCUCCUACAAGCAGUCUACCUCUUUGUACAGUAUAUACUAAUGGUCAACCUUCUCAUUGCCUUCUUUAACAAUGUGUAUAUACAAGUGAAGUCCAUUUCCAAUCUGGUUUGGAAGUACCAGCGCUACCACUUCAUUAUGGCCUACCACGAGAAGCCUGUCCUCCCACCGCCCUUCAUCCUCCUCUGCCAUAUCUACUCCCUCUUCUGUAUGUGUCGAAAGAGGAAGAAGGAAAAUACCUACGGACCAAAGCUGUUUCUAACUGAGGAAGAUCAAAAGAAGCUUCACGAUUUUGAGGAGCAGUGUGUGGAGACAUACUUCCAUGAAAAAGAUGAUCAGUUUCACUCGGGGAGUGAGGAGAGAAUACGUCUUACCUCAGAAAGAGUUGAGACCAUGUGUUUGCAGCUGAAGGAGGUCGGGAACAAAGUCACCUUUAUAAAACGCUCUUUGCACACUCUGGACUCUCAGAUCGGCCACCUGCAGGACCUCUCAGCUCUAACUGUGGACACUCUGAAGACCCUCACUGCCCAGAGGGCGUCGGAGGCCAGCAAGGUCCACAAUCAGAUCACCCGGGAACUCAGCCUGUCUAAAAAUGUGGGCCCAAGCAUCGCGCCUGUGGCAUCCGACACAGGCCCCCACUCAAAAUCGUCCGGGAUAGGCAAACGCAGUGCAGGGCCCUACUUCGCCUCCUCUUUCCCCGAAACGGGAGUCGAUAUAGCAGAUUCUCUGUUCGGGAUUGGUGUAGGGGGAGGGGCUGGAACGGAAGGUGGCAGGCGAGUGGGGCCCACCCCUGGAGCAGAACAGGGGCUGGACCCCAACCUCAACCCAGCGAGUCCAGAGAGGAGGGACUUGUUUGGGCUCGGCCACCUUGCUGCAGAGGCUGGCUGCUCAGGCAGUGCCAUCUCCAGUUCCGGCUCCAUUGCCUUUGUCCAAAGUGCUGCAGCCUUUUCCCCUCCGGAGCUGCGUCUCCGAGGCCGCUCUCUCACUCAGAGUAAGCUGACCCGUCCACAAGAGCCGGGCUUUUCCGACUCCCCAUCCAGCCUUCCCAACGUACCCUCCCCCGGAGCUCAGUUCCAUAUCAGCAACACCCCUUCUCAGCCCAGUGGCUCCAGCCACCCGGAGCUCGCUCUGGCUAGGCUUUACCAGCAACCUCUUGAACCAGACAGCACCACUAUAGAGUUUGGUGCAUUUGUUGGACAUAAAGAUAAUCUGGACGUCCAGCACUCGACACCAAAAGAGACCUCCUCCUCCAGCAGACAGCAAAGCCCGGCCACAAAGAUCAGAUCACAGGCUCAUCCUGAAAGUCUUGGUCACAUCAGAGCUGUCAACUCUUAUGCUGGUUUCACAGAGUUUGACAGAAAACCAGCUUUUCUCCAUCCUGACUCCAAUCUGAAGAGGAGGGACAGAAGCAGAGUGUCGGCUGAAGACAUCCUCAUCCAUGAGGACCCCAGGGCUGCAGUAUUGGAAAAAGUUCAGGUCAAAUCAGCCCAAGCCAGCAGCCUAAGAGCCCCGGUCGAGGAUACUCCAACUGUUCCAGCUGCAGUUUCUCUCUACACGCCACGCCACGCCCACCUGGGAGGCAGGAAGGACUCUAUUGGCUCACCUUUCAAGCCCAUGGAAAACUACCAGUACUCAGCUGUUGAACGCAACAACUUGAUGAGGCUGUCGCAGAGCAUCCCUUUCACUCCUGUGCCCCCUAGAGGGGAGCCGGUGACUGUGUACCGACUGGAGGAGAGUUCUCCCAACACCAUCAACAACAGCAUGUCUUCCUGGGCCCAGCGGGGACUCUGUGCCAAAAUAGAGUUCCUCAGCAAAGAGGAGAUGGGUGGAGGACUCCGGCGAGCCCUCAAGGUGCUCUGCACCUGGUCAGAGUACGACCUCCUGAAACCAGGUCACCUGUAUAUAGUCAAGUCCUUCCUUCCCGAGGUGGUCCAGACCUGGCAGAGUAUCUACAAAGAGGACACUGUGCUGCACCUUUGUCUCAGGGAAAUUCAACAACAACGAGCUGCUCAGAAGCUGACCUUUGCCUUCAACCAAGACCUGAAGAGGAAUGAGUACACACCAGACAAGGUGACGUUCCCACAAGAAGACCCCCCCAACCCGGGGGCUGGCGCCAAGGAGUCCCACCAAUCAAUGAGGUUGAUGCUCUGAUGAGCUCAGGGUGAGAGAGAGAGGAUGAGAACGCUCAAGCGGCCGCACUGUUCGGAUUUCGACUUGAGUCGAAGCCAAGGAGGAGAAACGUGCAUCCAACCAACUGGAAGAACCACACCUGGGUUUCCAUGAAAACCAGUGCAUGCAGACUGUGUCAUGUUUUUGUUAUUCCCACCGAAAUGCUGUGUCACACACAAUUCAAGCAUUGCAACCUUUGUUUUGUAGCACAUACACACAGGGGAAUAUUGUGUACACAUUUACACAUAUAAAUAUAUAUAUAUAUAAUAUAAAAACUGGAUAUAUCGACAGGUACAAUAUCAUUGCAGAAGAUUUAUUAUUUAUUAUGUUUGAGAAGUUGCUGUGUUUUAAAGAAAAGGAGAAAAAAUGAAAUUAACAAAUCAAGUGCAUUGCGCUUCCGUUACAGCAGCUUCAGAGAGGACGGCCUGCUGACACUCAGUCACUGCAGGUAGUUUGCCAUCAGAUCAUUUUUAUAAAUGUGUAAAGACUUGUAUCACAGAUUUUUGUCAAUUACUUAAUGAAAAUAUACAUGAAUUUGAAAAUCUUGUAAAAUAUGGGCAGAUUGCAAUGCAACUUUUACAGAACAUUGUAUGUAAUUUUAUUGUAUUGAAAGUGUGUCCACCAAAAUAUUACUGAUAGUUUUUAUUGUUACAAAGGUACUACUGCUAUAUCUUUGUCAUCAACUAUUGUAUGAGCAAUCUAGUGUAUCUUAUAGAUACUGUUAUCUGGCAUGAGCUGAACAGAUUCAAAUAUUUUAUUCAGGGGAACUGUCAAACGUAAGGGUAUUACUGUAUACAUUUUGUACUGGAUAUCAUUUUAAACAAAUAAAAUGGAAUAAAAAAAGAAGCUGUAGCAAUA